AUGUCCGGUCAGCCUUGCCGACUUCUGGAGGACCCUCAAAUCUCGAGUCAGAAAGAGAGUGGGCUCUUGGAGGAGCAGUUGGGGCGCCAUGGGCGACUUGAAGACCCCAUAUUCUCACCUUCCUUCACGCACAACCAGCCUCGCCCCCUUUUUGAGGUGCCGCUUCAAAUCUCGGACCAGAAAGUCAGCCGUGGGCAGCUUGAACGCUCUACUAUGGCGCCGUUGGGGUACUAUCCUCCGCCUCGCUUGCCCUUGCUGCCCCAACAGCCCGUGUUGACCCAAGAGCACGUGUUGACCCGCCACGGCCAGUUUGAGCACUCCACUAUGGCGCCACUGGGGUAUCCUCCUCACUUGCCCUUGCAGCCCCAACAGCCAGCGGAGCUUCCCCAAGAGCCAGCGGCGUUUCCACAAGAGCCAGUGGCGCUGCCGCCCCAUUCAAAGGAUUCAUCUAAGGUCCCUGCUUUGGAAAGGGCCGUGGCUGAGCUUUUGGAAGAGGAGCAGCGGCAGCAGGCGGUGGACAGAUGGAUUGCACAGGCUUUAAGCGCCUCCUCAACAGAGAGGAUUCUUGAGGCGCCUGAAAGACUGAGCGCCUCCGCACCAGAGAGACUGAUGUCUGUCUCGGGCUCUGGAGGUAUCAAUAUGGUCAACAGGGAUGCAGCAGCACCGGCCUCUCUGGUGCAGCAGCAGCAAGUGGCGACAACCAGCUGGGUGGCACAGGCUGAGCUGGCAGGGCUGGCUCUGCCGCCCGAUCUGAUCCGAGAAUCUGCACUUGCCGCCCAAUUCGCGCUGAGGCAGAUGCAGGAGCAAUCUGAGUUUGGGGAAUGCCCCUCGGUGGUCGAAACAGAGGGGGGCGAGACAGGCAAAGCAGGAAGCGGAGGGAUGGAGAAGGGAGGACCGGAGGAUGCAAGCAUUGGAGGCGAAGCAGUAUUCACCUCGCGAGGCGUCGCAAGUAGUCCCUUCUAA